AUGAUUGCGGCCAACAACAAUUUCGACGUCAUUAUCAUUGGCGCCGGCAUUAGCGGCAUCAACUCUGCCUACCGUCUUCAAGAAGGUCUCCCCGACUACUCAUACGCCAUUCUCGAAGGGCGAGCAGAGAUCGGCGGCACCUGGAGCUUGUUCAAGUAUCCUGGCAUCAGGUCCGAUUCUGAUCUUCACACCUUUGGCUUCCCCUGGGACCCAUGGAAGGAAGAUCGCUCCAUCGCCGACGCGGGAUCCAUUCUGCGUUAUGUCAAAACCACCGCAGCUAAACACGGCAUCGACAAACACAUCAAGUACCACCACAAGGUCGAGUCGAUGAAUUGGUCGACCGAGAAUCAGCAUUGGGAACUUGAUGUCACGGUCGAUGGGAACGAGAAGCGGAAGUACUACUCUCGAUUCAUCCUUCUCGGCACCGGAUACUAUGACUAUACUCAAGGCCUCAAUUCCAAGAUUCCCGGCAUUGAGAAAUUCAAGGGCACCGUCGUCCACCCUCAAUUCUGGCCCGAGGACCUUGAUUACACCGACAAGAAAGUCGUCAUCAUCGGCAGUGGCGCCACCGCCGUGACCCUCCUGCCGGCCAUGGUCGACAAGGCCAAAUCGGUUACCAUGCUCCAACGUUCACCAAGUUAUUUCCUACCCAUCCCCUUGACCGAGCCUAUUGACGGUCUCAUCAAAUGGAUCUUCCCGGAAAAGUUCGCCUAUCAACUCAUCCGGAUCAGAUUCCUCCUCGUCGGGUACUUGUUCUUUCAAUUUUGUCGACUCUUUCCCAAACAGGGCCGAUCUACCCUGCGCAAAGCCACCGAGAAGGAGUUGCCGGCCAACAUUCCUUUCGAGCCUCAUUUCGUUCCUCGGUAUAAUCCCUGGGAACAAAGAAUGUGCAUCACGCCGGGUGGUGAUUUCUUUGCGGCACUGCGCACAGGCAAAGGCGACGUUGUGACCGACACGAUCCAAGAUAUGAGCGCCAACGAGAUCAGACUCCAAUCAGGGGCAACUCUCCCUGCAGACAUAAUCAUCACCGCCACCGGUCUCAAGAUUCAGUUCGGUGGCGGUGCCAGUGUUAGUGUCGACGGCGAGCCUUACCAAAUGAACAAGAAGUUCAUUUGGCGUGGCGCUCUGCUACAGGACUUGCCAAACUUCACGUUCAUCUUUGGAUAUACGAAUGCCAGCUGGACCCUUGGUGCCGAUGCCACGGCCCAACUGUGGGUUCGUCUCCUCAAGGAAAUGAAGGCCAAGAACAUGACGAGUAUGGUUCCGCGAAUCAACGAAAACGAGCAAGUGACGGAAGUGCCCCUUCUGAACUUGAACAGUAGCUACAUCAAGGCGGCUCAAGAGGCAGACACGCUUCCCAAGGGUGGGGAUCGAGGGCCGUGGUUGCCGAGGAGCUCCUAUCUUCGAGAUAUCUGGCAUGCGAAGUUUGGCGAUAUUCGCACCGGGCUGCAAUUCAAUAGGAUCUCGACCUAG